AUUAUGUUCUAGAAUGCGAGUUAAAUUCCACAACUUCACAACACAGCAAACGUUCAUGCCAACCUUGUUAAUAUAUUGUACCCUAAAAUUCUACUAAUCUUAAUUAGAUCUAAACUUACAGAAGUUCCUAGCUUAAUUUUCGACUAGAAGAUUUAUAAAUUACUACAUUACCACAAAAAAAAUGAAGCAAAAGAUUGUGGUUAAAGUACAAAUGCGGUGUGGAAAAUGCAGGAAAAAGGCGAUGAAGAUUGCUGCUAGUGCAGAAGGGGUGAUAUCAGUAGCCAUACAGGGGAACGACAGGGACGAGAUUGUUGUGAUUGGAAAUCGGGUGGAUUCAGCUGGUUUAUGCACGGCGUUAAGGAAAAAACUAGGUGAUGCUAACUUGGUGAGCGUAGAAGAAAUCAAAGAUCCAAAGCCGGAAGAAAACAAGAAAGACGUAAAACCCGAAGAAAAGAAACCUGCAGAAGAACAGAAAAAACCAGCAGCAGAAGGAGGAGAUCAGAAGCAAGCAGAACAGAACAAGGAAAACAAAGAUGGAGCGAAAUCGGAAGCAGCAGCAGCAGCUGUAGAACCAACAGUUGUUAAUUAUCAUCAUUAUCCCCCAAAUUAUUAUCCACCUCCUAAUUACUGCGGCGCAAAUCAACCUCAAUGUUACUUGUACACUACUCAUUAUGAAGACAGUCCUGCAGGCUGCAUCAUUAUGUGAAUAAUGUGAUUUCAUUGUAUUGUAAUUUUCUUUAAACUUGCCAUCCUACAAAAAAAAGAAAAAAAAAAAAAAAACUGAUCAUGUUGUUUAAUUCGUUGACAUUAGCAUAUAAGUUUUAUUAGCUUGGUAAUUUUUUCUUUAUUAUUCUGUUGUUUUGGUUGAGCAUGGUAAUACAAUAAUGAAGCAAUUUCAUGCGAUAAGUUUCUUGCUUGUUACGGAGUAAUAUGUUUUGUUUAAUGUUAUUUUCAACUCUUGAUUUUCCUUUUGCAUCUUUUGAAGAUUUUUCUCCCUCACCUGAAUCGUUUGUUUUGAUUAGAAA